UGCGUUGCUCCCCGGAAGGGACAGAGGCACGUUCCGCCAUGGAGUCCCGCGCGGUGCGCGCUCUCGGACGGUCGUUGCUGCUGACGGGCCGCUGGGGUCGCGAGGCCAGGCGGGUGCGCGCGACCGACAGCGGGGCCGCCGCCCCCGCGCAUCACGAGCACUACUGCGCGCAGGUUGUCCGAAGUCGGGACUAUGAAGGUUUUCUGACCUCUCUGCUGCUUCCUUCAGAACUUCGCUGCUCGGUUUUUGCACUGAGAGCAUUCAAUGUGGAGCUGGCUCAGGUGCAAGAUGUUGUAUCCCAGAAAACACUGGGUCUAAUGAGGAUACAGUUUUGGAGGCAACUAAUUGAAGAUGUCUAUAGCAAUAAUCCUCCCCGUCAACCUAUUGCUAUAGAACUGUGGAAGGCAGUAAGAAAACACAAGCUGACCAAGCGAUGGUUUCUAAGAAUUAUCGACGAACGGGAGAAGAAUUUGAAUGAGAAUGCAUAUAGGAAUAUCCAAGAGCUCGAAUCCUAUGCAGAGAAUGCUCAGUCGUCGUUCAUCUACCUCCUCUUGGAAGUAUUGGGUGUGAGGGAUCUCCAUGCUGAUCAUGCUGCGAGCCACAUUGGAAAAGCUCAGGGAAUAGUCACAUGUCUCCGGGCAACUCCCUAUCACAGUACACGACGCAAAGUGUAUCUUCCACUGGACAUUUGCCUGCUGCAUGGUGCAUCACAGGAAGAUUUUAUUCGGGGAAAUCGUGAAAAGCAUGUGAGGGAUGUGGUGUUUGAUGUUGCAAGUCAGGCUCAUGUUCACCUUGAACAUGCUAGGUCCUUUUGUGGAAAAGUACCUUCGAGGGCCUACCCAGCUUUUUUGCAAACGGUUAUUCUUGACGACUACUUGAACAAAAUUCGUAAAGUGGAUUUUGAUGUAUUUCAUCCCAGCCUUCAGAAGAGGAAUACGAUGCUUCCUUUCCACUUGUAUAUACGUUCUUGGAGGAAAGUCUAUUAAUAAAAUAUCAACUUUAUAACAGAAAUAAGGUAGGAGGUACAGGAGACUGAAGGCACACACUCAUCAAUUCAGGAACAGCUUCUCCCCUACUGCCAUGGACAUUGAACCCAUAAACACUACCUCACUGCUUUUUUUUCUUAUUUUGCUCUCUUUUUGCACCUUAUUUAAUGUAUUUUUAACAUAUAUUUUAUUGUAAUUAUAUAAUUUUUAUUAUUAUGUAUCACACUGCACUGCUGCUGUAAAACAAGUUUCAUGAAAUAUGCCAGUGAUAAUAAAGCUGAUUGUGUUUCUGAA